AUAAUAAUAAAAAAAUAAAGAACUCGAACUCACAGAGUGAGUUCAAUUCUUUCAUUCACAUUUGGUUUGACAAACUUAAGCGAUUUUUCUCUCUCUCUCUUUCUAUCUUUCAAUGCCAACUCUCACUGUUCGCAUCUCAAAUUUUCUUUUCUAAUUCUCUUUUGAUUUUUCUGUCACUUUCUCGAGAAAAAAAAAAGAAAAGAAAAGAAAAGAAAAUAAAUUUUUUUUUUCUAUCUCUAUGGGACGAAGCUCGUCUCCGCCUGAGACUGACGACAGUGGAGGCGGAGGAGAAGGCGGCGGCGCAUUCCGCUCGAUCCGCGGUCCUUUCCCUCUGAAGCGGAACCGAGUCAAGUCCGACUUGGACGAUCGUCCGGUUCUUCACCGCAGUCGAUCUCACCCGACCCGAUUCAACCGCAAGAGUCUGCCCUGGCUGAAGGGGAAGAAGUCGGUGUUCUACUUCUUGGUGCUUCUUGCUGUGUUCCUCUACGCAAUGUCGUCGAUGGUGUUGCAGAGCUCGAUCACGGCGGUGUUCAGGCAAGGAAGCGAUCGGGGAGGCCGGGGGUCGAAUAGAGAAGGAUUGAGGAUCGGCAGCACGUUGAAGUUCUUGCCGCCUAGGGUUUCGAGAAGCGACGGUCUCGAUUCGCUGCGAUCGGAGCCGAGGAUUGGAGUUAGGGCACCGAGGCUCGCUCUUAUCUUAGGAAACAUGGAGAAAAAUCCACAGUCGUUGAUGUUGAUCACCGUGAUGAAGAAUUUACAGAAACUGGGUUAUGUGCUGAAGAUUUUUGCACUAGAAGAUGGAAAAUCACAUUCAAUGUGGGAGCAGAUGGGUGGCUGGAUUUCAAUUUUAGGUCCUGAGCAAUAUGACCAUAUAGAUUGGUUGAUUUUUGAAGGCAUCAUUGUUGAUUCCCUAGAAGCAAAAGAGGCCAUUUCAAGCCUUAUGCAGGAGCCUUUUUGUUCAGUACCGCUUGUAUGGAUAAUUCAAGAAGAUAUCCUUGCAAAUCGUCUUCUACAGUAUGAGGAAAUGGGUUGGAAGCAUCUUGUUUCUCACUGGAAAACUACUUUUAGUAGAGCUAAUGUCAUUGUGUUUCCAGAUUUCACUCUGCCGAUGUUAUAUAGUGUGCUUGAUACUGGAAACUUCUUUGUGGUUCCUGGAUCACCAGUAGAUGUGUGGGCUGCUGAAAGCUACAGUAAGACCCAGUCCAAAUACCAGUUAAGGAAGAACCGUGGAUUCAGUACAGAUGAUAUAUUGGUCCUAGUUGUUGGAAGUUCUAUCUUCUAUAAUGACCUAUCCUGGGACUAUGCUGUAGCGAUGCAUGCCAUUGGACCACUGCUAACAAAAUAUGCAAGGAGGAAAGAUGAAGGAGGCUCAUUUAAAUUUGUUUUUCUAUGUGGUAAUUCUACCGAUGGUUAUGAUGAUGCUUUACAGGAAGUUGCUGCACGCCUGGGACUUCUUGAUGGUUCUGUGAGGCGUUAUGGCUUGAAUAGUGAUGUAAGUAGUGUGUUAUUAAUGGCUGACAUUGUUCUCUACGGCUCUGACCAAGAUGUACAGGGUUUUCCUCCUUUGCUUAUCCGAGCAAUGACCUUUGGAAUCCCUGUUAUUGCACCUGAUUUUCCCAUCUUGAAAAAAUAUGUUGUUGAUGGAAUCCAUGGAAUUUUUUUCCCAAAACAUAACCCUGAUGCUUUGAUGAGGGCUUUCUCACUUCUGAUUUCAAAUGGAAAACUUUCCAAGUUUGCUCAAAAAGUUGCUUCCUCUGGAAGAUUGCUUGCUAAGAACAUACUGGCAUCAGAAUGCAUUACUGGAUAUGCGAGGCUACUGGAAAAUGUACUCAAUUUUUCAUCAGAUGCCAUGCUGCCAGGUUCUAUUUCUCAGCUUCAACAAGGGGCAUGGGAGUGGAAUCUGUUCAGGAAGGAAAUAGAAAUGAGAACUGUUGACAUGCAAAACGUUGAUGAGAAGGCUACUUUGCUGAGAAAGUACAGUGUUGUUUAUGCCCUUGAAGAAGAGUUUACCAAUUUUGUUUAUUCAACCAAUGGCUCUGAUAAUGGAACUGGGAUUCUGUCAGAAGAUAUGCUGACUAAACUAGAUUGGGAUGUUCUGAGGGUAUUAGAAAGUUCUGAAGAGGAUGAGAGGAUAGAAAUGGAGGAGCUUGAAGAUAGAACAGAGAGAAACCUUGGAGCAUGGGAUGAUCUUUAUCGUAAUGCUCGCAAAGCUGAAAAAGUUAAGUUUGAAGCAAACGAAAGGGAUGAGGGAGAGCUUGAGAGGACAGGCCAGAAUGUGUGCAUUUACGAGAUCUACAGUGGAGCUGGGUCCUGGCCAUUCUUGCACCAUGGUUCUUUGUACCGUGGUUUAAGUCUUACUUUAAGAGAACGGAGGUUGAGAUCAGAUGAUGUUAAUGCAGCUGGGCGGCUUCCCUUUUUGAAAGACUCUUACUAUCGGGAUAUUCUAUGUGAGAUUGGGGGAAUGUUCUCUAUUGCAAAUAAGGUGGAUGACAUUCAUCGAAGACCUUGGAUAGGGUUUCAAUCAUGGCGUGCUGCUGGUAGGAAGCAGGCUUCGUUGUCCUUAAAAGCUGAAAAAGUAUUGGAAGAAACAAUACGAGAGAACACUACAGGAGAUGUAAUAUACUUUUGGGCACGGGUGGACAAGGAUGGAGUCACAGGAAGCAAUGACGUGCUCACUUUUUGGUCCAUGUGUGACAUCUUAAAUGGAGGACACUGCAGGUCUGCUUUUGAAGAUGCAUUCCGCCGGAUGUAUGGAUUGCCAUUGCAUGUAGAAGCUCUUCCACCCAUGCCAGAAGACGGUGGUUACUGGUCUGCUCUGCACAGCUGGGUGAUGCCAACCCCUUCCUUUCUGGAGUUCAUAAUGUUUUCCCGGAUGUUUACCGAUUCUCUUGAUGCCUUGCACACCAACUCUGGUAAAAUUAAUACGUGCUUGUUGGGAUCCUCAGAGCUUGAGAAACAGCACUGUUAUUGUCGUGUAUUGGAACUCCUGGUCAAUGUUUGGGCUUAUCAUAGUGCUAGGAACAUGGUCUACAUGGAUCCACACACAGGUUCACUGGAAGAGCAGCACCCAGUUGAACAACGCAAGGGAUUCAUGUGGGCAAAAUACUUUAAUUUUACGUUGUUGAAGAGUAUGGAUGAAGAUUUAGCAGAGGCUGCAGAUGAUGGUGAUCAUCCCCGUGAGAUGUGGUUGUGGCCAUUAACAGGGGAAGUGCAUUGGCAAGGGAUUUAUGAAAGGGAGAGGGAGGAAAGAUAUAGGCUGAAGAUGGAUAAGAAGAGAAAAACAAGAGAGAAACUUCGUGAAAGGCAGAAGUACGGUUAUAGGCAGAAGACACUUGCAGUUAUUGAUCCAAAAAAAAGGCAGAAGACAAUUGCAGAAUAGGAAGCAUAUAGUCAGAACUAUUCAAUUCUAACUCUGGAACACUUUUGACUCCUAACACGGUUACUAAACCCAUUUUUCUCCAACAUGGGAAUUGGAAAAGGCACUUUCAGACUGAGGAGAAGCUUCGUUCAUUCUAACUGCAUCAGUAGUACAUAAAAAAUGAUUCUGUUAGUAUUUUCUCACUUUUACUCAAUAUACAUAAUACUCAAAUGAAGUGGAGGGUAGACACGUAGCUUCCAAGCAAUUGUGGCUCGCUAGCUUUCGAGGCCUUUUUACUCGGUCAUUUCUAGCAGCACAGAGGAUAUUGGGUUUUGAGAGGGGUACCCAACAUUCAUUGAUAUUCUUUUAUACAGUUGAAACCAUUCAAUUUAGCGAGUAUAAAGUUGUAUUCUUUCAUUACUGUAUAUUCAUUCAACAAGAGGAAUGGCAAUUUUGACGACAAAAAUGGCUGAUUUCAUGCUUGGAGCUGGUUCUGUUUUGAUUUCACUUUGUUUCUUCAGAAGUAUAGUUGCUUGCUAGAAUGGAUCCAGAUGUUUCUAGGAGCCACUAGGCACCAGUGACUCAGAAAAAUGGUCAUAACUUUUUAUUGGGGUGGUGGGUGUUAAAUACCUUGGUUCUACUUGUAAAGGAGAGCAGGAUAUUCUACUGAGUUAUAAGGCUUUUGGCUUCAUCAUUUGAGUUAUAGUUAACUAUUAUGAUAGGUUGAAGGAGGGGGGGGGGGGGGUGUGUUUUAAAUACAUUGGUUCUACUAGUAAAGGAGAGUAGGUUAUUCUACAGAGUUGAGGCUUUUGGCAUCAUUGAGUUAUUA